CAAACAAAGGAGCGUGUGAAGACAGAAAUUAAACAAAUUAAAGUAAACCCCAAAAGAGAGAAAGGCUCAAUUCAAAUGAUUUCUAUUCGUGUCUUUGUCCAUCUUUCUUUUCUUUUUCUUUUUUUCAUUAAGCAUUUAAAAAAAAAAAAACCUUCAAUUCAAUGCUUCCAUAGCUCUAAUCUACAUAAAGAAAUUUAAGCUCACAGAGAACACCAAGAGAGAGAAGCCAAAUAGACAACACAAAUGUUGCUCAGAACCUCCCUUUCCAACACCAAGAAGUUCUUUCAAAACACCAUAAACAACAUCAAGUCUUUUCUGUCUGAUGGCUACCAAAGGCUUCCCAAAGCCCCUCCCUUCAACCCCUUUUCUUGCAGCCGAGGCUUCGACGACAUGAGGUUCAGCCAAAGUUACAAUGAAUUGGACAAAUUCUACACGGAGUUCACCAACCACUGGGAUAGAACUAAGCACAAGCCAAAAAAGAGAAGCAAGAAGAAACUCUUAUCCCCUGUCUCAAACCCUAAAAAAGCCCUUUUCCCGGAAAACUUGAGGAAGUUUUCGAAAGCAAGGCCUGUCAUGAAGAAUUAUGCAGAGGAAAACAGAGAGGAUCAAAAGAAGAAGAAGUUGAUUGUGUAUGAAGGAAGUAGAGAAGAGUACUUGUCAUGUACUAAAGGUGUGGAAGAGAAAAGGAGCUGUUUGGUGACACAGAAGCUAAAAGAAUUGGAAAUGAUGGACAAGAGCAAUGUAGAGCAUGUGUUGGACAUUGAAGAAGUUCUUCAUUACUAUUCUCGCCUUACAAGCCCUGUCUAUCUCGACAUUGUUGACAAGUUUUUCAUGGACAUGUAUGCCGAACUCUUCAGUCUGCCGGAAUCAACUAGCAAUGACAUCUCAAGGCCAAUGUUCCGACCAGUGAACUGGUAGGCUCUUCUCUCAUUAGCCUCAAUUGAAUUAAGGAAGAGAACAGAAAAAAUUUGGAGCUAGCUUCACAUGUUUUCAGGUGGUUUUGUAUAUUACUCCAAUUACCAAGUUCUAAUCUAUUCCUCCUGCUAAUUUUGGUCACGAGAUUUGGUUUGAAUUCAACUUUUUGCUUAUGAACCUAUUUUUCUUUUAUGUUUACAAUUGUAGUUUCUUGUAUUAUGUUUUGAUUUCUUACAUUCGUUAAUAGAUUUGUCUGUAAUAUUGUUCAUAAUUGCUUGGAUGUGGCUGGUAAUUCCGAGAUUAUACCUAUUUAUAUAU